AUGGCGGAGCGAGAGAGCGGCGGCCUGGGCGGGGGGGCCGCGUCCCCGCCCGCCGCCUCCCCGCUCCUGGGGCUGCACAUCGCGUCGCCGCCCGAUUUCAGGCUCACCCAUGACAUCAGCCUGGAGGAGUUCGAGGAUGAAGACCUCUCUGAGAUCACCGACGAGUGUGGUAUCAGCCUGCAGUGCAGAGACACCCUGUCCUUACGGCCGCCACGCGUCGGGCUGCUGUCCGGGGGCGGCGGCGGCGGCGGCGGCAGCGGCGGGGGGAGCCGGCUGCAGGCCGAGAUGCUGCAGAUGGACCUGAUCGACGCGGCGGGGGACACUCCCGGCGCCGAGGACGACGAGGAGGACGACGAGCGGGAGCGUGCGGCGCGGCGGCCGGGAGCGGGUCCGCCGGAGGGGGAGCCCCGCCAGGAGACGGCGCCCCGCGGCCAGGGCCAGGGCCAGGGCCAGGGCCCGGGCGGCGGGGACACGUACCGGCCCAAGCGGCCCACCACGCUCAACCUCUUCCCGCAGGUGCCGCGGUCUCAGGACACACUGAAUAAUAAUUCUCUGGGCAAGAAGCACAGUUGGCAGGAUCGGGUUUCGAGAUCAUCCUCACCGCUGAAGACAGGGGAGCCGACGCCUCCACACGAGCACCUCUGCCUGAGCGAGGAGCUGCCGCCCCCGAACGGCCCGGCCCCCACCAAGGAUCGCGGCACCUCCACCGACAGCCCUUGCCGCCGAAGUGCUGCCACCCAGAUGGCGCCUCCCAGCGGCCCCGCCGCUGCCCCACCCGGUGGCCGGGGCCACGCGCAUCGAGACCGCAUCCACUACCAGGCGGACGUGCGGCUGGAGGCCACCGAGGAGAUUUACCUGACGCCCGUGCAGAGGCCCCCAGACCCUGCGGAGCCCUCCGCUGCCUUCCCGCCGCCCGCAGAGAGCCGGAUGUCGGUCAGCUCCGACCCAGACCCCGCCGCCUACCCCGCCACCGCAGGGCGCCCGCACCCCUCCAUCAGCGAGGAGGACGAGGGCUUCGACGGCCUGUCGUCCCCGGAGCGGGCCGAGCCGCCGGGUGGGGGGUGGCGGGGGAGCCUGGGCGAGCCCCCGCCUCCCCCACGCGCCUCGCUGAGCUCGGACACCAGCGCCCUGUCCUACGACUCGGUCAAGUACACGCUGGUGGUGGACGAGCACGCGCAGCUGGAGCUGGUGAGCCUGCGGCCGUGCUUCGGCGCCUACAGCGACGAGAGCGACUCGGCCACGGUCUACGACAACUGCGCCUCUGCCUCCUCCCCCUACGAGUCGGCCAUCGGGGAGGAGUACGAGGAGGCCGCCCGGCCUCGGCCCCCCGCCUGCCUCUCCGAGGACUCCACGCCUGACGAACCCGACGUCCACUUCUCCAAGAAGUUCCUCAACGUCUUCAUGAGCGGCCGCUCCCGCUCCUCCAGCGCAGAGUCCUUCGGGCUCUUCUCCUGUGUCAUCAACGGGGAGGAGCAGGAGCAGACCCACAGGGCCACGUUCAGGUUUGUGCCUCGACAUGAGGACGAACUGGAGCUGGAGGUGGACGACCCCCUGCUGGUGGGGCUGCAGGCGGAGGACUACUGGUAUGAGGCCUACAACAUGCGCACGGGUGCGCGCGGCAUCUUUCCUGCCUACUACGCCAUCGAGGUCACCAAGGAGCCGGAACACAUGGCAGCCCUGGCCAAAAACAGCGACUGGGUGGACCGUUUCCGGGUGAAGUUCCUGGGCUCAGUCCAGGUUCCCUAUCACAAGGGCAACGACGUCCUCUGUGCCGCUAUGCAAAAGAUCGCCACCACCCGCAGGCUGACCGUGCACUUUAACCCGCCCUCCAGCUGCGUCCUAGAGAUCAGCGUGCGGGGGGUGAAGAUAGGCGUCAAGGCUGCCGACUCCCAGGAGCCCAAGGGGAAUAAAUGUAGCCACUUUUUCCAGUUAAAAAACAUCUCGUUCUGCGGAUACCAUCCAAAGAACAACAAGUACUUUGGGUUCAUCACCAAGCACCCUGCCGACCACCGGUUUGCCUGCCACGUCUUUGUGUCUGAAGAAUCCACCAAAGCCCUGGCGGAAUCCGUGGGGAGAGCGUUCCAGCAGUUCUACAAGCAGUUUGUGGAGUACACCUGCCCCACAGAAGAUAUCUACCUGGAGUAGCAGUGCGGCCCCGCCCUCUGCACGCCCGGGCCCACGCGCCCGCGCACGCGCGCCAGGAGGGCUGGCU